GCCUAUUCAGCUUCCUAUUAUUCUCCGCAAGGACAGGUUGCUCAUAGUGCCCCACCCCAAGUACCCGAUGCGCCGAAUAACAUGCAGCGAACAGUGGUAGGAUAUGAGCUACUAGCACGAGAACUAUCCAGCCCAGACUCUCCCGUGCAGCCACUCUACCGAAGAUUUGAAUACCUUCACCACAGAAUCCUGCUACACAUGCAAGACGAGCUUCAAGAGAUGGAAGAACAACUUCGCAGGGUCGACGAGAUCAUUGCGACUAUGGAACCGCCUCCGGAAGAGGGCCAACCACCCACACCAUCUUCACGAAGAGGCGAUAAGAACUUUGGCACUCCCUGGCAUCACCAGCGAACAGAACUGCUUGGCCGCAUCUUUCUCAAAACCAAAGAUUAUAAUGCUGCCAUCGCCAGUUUCGCCAGCAUGACCAAACACUCUGCCACUGCGGAGCAAAACCACAUCGAACACUAUCGAGACUGGCUCACGCAAAAAUCCCCCAUCCAUGAACUCGAAACCCGGUUUCUAGCGACUGAAAACGAGAAGGAUUUAAUCUCGCCCAUACUCGACUCUGCCCCUCCACUUCCUCAACCUAUCCAACAACAACAGCAACCACUUUCCACCCCCGUCCUCCAACCCAUCCGGAAACAUCCACCACCACCUCAUCCUACUCCCCCACCUCCCCAAAACCUCGCAGCAAUCCUAUCCCUCUCCUUCCUCCCCAUUCUCCUCUUCAGCAUGAUCCCCACCUUUGCAGGUCGCUUCUUCGUGACUCUGCUCAUUAUCACGGGAACAGGAUUCGUUGCUGCGAAGACGAGGUUUGGGGAUGUCAUGCCGCUGGGUGAGUGGGUGGUGUGUGCUGCUGUGUAUGUGCUUGUUAGUAUGGGGAUUGCCGGGUGUGUGCCGGUUUAU